UGCUCUGUGCUCUCCCAAUCACUGACAACAGCACACCGCCCGGCGAACACUAUUAGCCAUACGCAGUGUUUUUAUAUACCUUCUCCAGCUUGUGAACUUUUAUCUAGUUCUGGGUGCUGAACAUAAUUUGUUUAUUAAGUGGGCCUUGCAUAAGUGAAUUGCAGCAGUGGUAUGAAGUCGCCUCAGCUGCUGAAGCAGGGUGCCGAGGCGCGCCUGUACCGCACCACCUUUUGCGGCCGGCCUGCCAUCGUCAAAGAGCGCUUCAAGAAGACGUACCGCCACCCGGAGCUGGACGACGCCAUCACCAACGACCGCAUCAAGGCAGAGGCUCGGGCUCUGGUGCGCUGCUGCAAACUUGGGGUGCGGGCGCCGGUGGUGUACCAGGUGGACCUGCCGCGGCGCCGGAUCGUGAUGCAGGACCUGCCCGAGUGCAGCACGGUGCGUGAGGCCAUCUGCCGGCUGUCGGCCGCGCAGGGCGCCGACUGCGAGCCGUUGCUGGCGCUGGCCGGCCGGCUGGGCCGGCUGCUGGCCACGCUGCACGCGGCCGGCCUGGUGCACGGCGACCUGACCACCUCCAACCUGCUGGUGGACGACCAGCUGGAGCACAUCACCGUCAUCGACUUCGGCCUGAGUGUGGCCGACGGCGGCGCCGAGGAGCUGGCCGUCGACCUGUACGUGCUGGAGCGGGCGGUGCUCAGCACCCACCCGCAGUCGGGACCGUUCACCGAGCACGUGUACACCGCCUACGAGCAGCAGUGGAGUGGCGCCCGGGCCGUGCUCGACAAACUCCACCAGGUGCGCAUGCGCGGCAGAAAACGACUCAUGCUCGGAUGAGUGGCGUGUGACGUUCGUGGAUGUUUUCUAUGUGGCAUUGUUGUACGUGGGGAUUACGCCCAAGCCAUUGUUUCGUCGUUUUGUCGUGAACUGACAUGUUCGUCGUCGAUUUGCCAUUCGGCUCGCUCCCUGUGGCGUCUUGCAAGAGUUCUGCAUUGUACGUAGGUCUGAUAUGUAACGUCACCUAUGCAGAGUGUCACAGGUCAUGAGAAUACCGGCAUAUUUUGACAAUAAUGGUCUCGACUUUGAUAUUACGUCGAUAUAAAUUACCCGAACAAUACCGUAAGUAAUAAUGGAAUAUUUAAAACCCUCGUAUUCGCCGUUUCGAUAGUGAAGUGCAUCACAUGUGGCAUCUAUUUAAUGAAAGUGAAUAAAGGCAUCCGAAUUCAA